AUGACGACUGAUACCACUGUAGAAAGUAUAAACGAGUCAACAGAAGAUGUCUGUAGUUCCGAAGAUCUUGCGAAAAGCAUCGACAGUGUUGACAGUGUAAAACCUAUCUCAGAGAAACGUGCUUCUAAGAGAAAAAAGAAUCUAUCCUACAGCUUGUAUCUUGUGCAAGAAGUCAAGGCAUACUGCUGUAAUCCCUUUAAUCUGGAUCAUAAUCUAGGACAGGCUGUAUCAAGUCGAAACACAGAACCUGAAAAACCUGUUGAACAGGAUAAACCAGUUACUAAAGAAACAGUGACUGAAAUUUUGGAUAAGAAACAGCCACAAGCAGAUAGUGUAACGACCACUAAGCCCAGUUCGGGGGUGAAGGCCACACCCUCUCGUAAUGAACUCACGCGAUCUCAAAUUCGAGCCUACAUUGCUGAGCAGACAGGUGAAUCAUUAGAGGAACUUCGUAAAUUGAAGCAACAACUUCGUGCUAAGGCCUAUUCCAAAGAUUUCGACGAGUUCAAACACAUUGGGGUGGGCUUUCCUUGCAAUUCGCUUCAAUUUGUUGUGCCAUCCUUCAAGGUGGUUGUUGGUCUAGGGCUGCUGACAUCUGAGGAGAUGUUCCAUAGUCUAGGACCAAAGUUGCCCACCAACCACGUCUCUUCAAAUUACCAUGACUACCAAGAGAUGAAGAUACAGGAGCAUGUACAGAAAUUGGAUAUUGGUUAUAUACCACGAUCUGUGGGGGUGGUGUUGGAGAGAGAUCUAGUUGACUGCUGUAAGGACAGGAUGAUUGUAACAGUGACUGGUAUUGUACGACAACGCUGGAAACCUCUAGGAGCUGGCUAUCCUUGUUCGUUGGAGUUAGUUAUACAUGCUAAUCAUGUAUUUUUAAACAGUGAACAUAGAUCAAAUGUUAAUGUCACAGAUGAUCUAAAAGAGACAUUUCGGACAUUUUGGUCGCAAUAUGAAGAUCGACCCCUGGAGGGUCGAAACUUGAUUAUUAGAAGUUUUUGUCCCCAAGUUUUUGGUCUUUAUGUAGUUAAAUUGAGUGUUUGUUUGGCUUUAAUUGGAGGGGUCCAGGGGUUAAUACCCCUUACUUAUGUGGAUUCUUCUGGAACUCGUGUACGAGGUGAUUCUCAUUUGCUUUUAGUAGGAGAUCCAGGAACAGGAAAGUCUCAGUUUUUGAAGUUUGCUGCUAAACUUAUUUCUCGAUCUGUUUUGACAACUGGUGUGGGAACAACAAGUGCCGGUUUAACUGUUACAGCUGUAAAGGAUAGUGGUGAAUGGCAACUUGAAGCUGGUGCUUUAGUCCUUGCUGAUGGUGGACUAUGUUGUAUCGAUGAGUUCAAUAGUAUCAGAGAACAUGAUCGUGCUAGUAUUCAUGAAGCUAUGGAACAACAGACUAUUAGCGUUGCUAAAGCUGGAUUGGUAUGUAAAUUGAAUACUAGAUGUUCUAUUUUAGCAGCUACUAAUCCUAAAGGUCAUUAUGAUCCUAAAGAAAGUAUAAGUGUUAAUAUAGCAUUAGCUAGUCCAUUAUUAAGUCGUUUUGAUCUUGUAUUAGUGUUACUUGAUUCAAUGAAUGAAGAAUGGGAUAAGUACAUUUCAAUAAUUUAUUUUUUUAAAUUUUCCUAUUUCCUUUUCUUUCAAAGAGUUGUGUCAUCUUUCUAUUGUCUAGAACAGUUGCUAAUGAAGGACUACUUCAAACUGAGACAGAGCAAUCACAUCAACAG